AUGAACUUUUCGGGACUCUCCAACGACGACAAGCUGGACAUCCGGGCGGCCCAGCGCACGUUCCAGGGCGCGUACUACCGCACAGCCUUGGGCCAGCUGGGGUUUGCGCUGGUGGUGCUCAAGCUCUUCAACUACGACUUUCUGGCGGUGGGCAGCACCUUCACCGCCCAGGGGUGUCUGAUUCUGCUAAUAGGCCACUUACGUAGCCGCCGGGCAGACGAGAUGAUCCACUCGCACGACUUUGAGACCUCGGGCAACACCGUCAUGAUGCUGUUUGUGCUCAACCUCACCUGCUAUGUGACCCUCGUUUACCAUUUGUUGCGGGUGUGA